AUGCCUGCCGUAGUCUACUGCGAAUUUUCUUCUUUCUCGAUACGCCAUAUAAAAUUAACGGUGACGAAGGGCCGUGAUAAAAAAACAAACGGGCUGAUUCUUCGGCACCCAGCAGCGCCGUUAAAAACUCGAAGAAGAGGGGAAAGAAACAAUAUGUCGUGCUCUUCUCCUUCGAUUUCCCUCUCCCCUCCAUCUCUAUUGUCCUCAGGCAGCUGUAGAACGUUUUCAAGAAGUCAAGGACCAGCUCAACUGCGGUCGUUUUCCACAGGCAGAUCUGAUAGAUUAUCAUGCCAAUUUUCUUUUCCUAGCCUGAACAAAUUAUCAAUGAAUUUGAAGCAUAAGCGAGGGCAUGAUUUUGCAGUCUCAACCACUCCACAUGAUAAAUCAGCUAUGACAUCAACUGAAGAUGCAGAAAAUAUUGGUAUUCUUGCUCUUGACCCAUUAUUAGAGCAAUUUAAAGACCAUUUUACAUACAGAUCGAAGAAAUACAGGAAUCAGAAAGCUUUGAUUGACGAGCAUGAAGGAAGUCUUGAAGAAUUCUCCCAAGGUUAUUUGAAAUUUGGAUUCAACAAGGAACAUGAUGGAAUUGUGUAUCAUGAGUGGGCUCCUGCUGCUCAGGAAGCUCAGCUGAUAGGAGAUUUUAAUGGUUGGGAUGGGACUAACCAUAGAAUGGAAAAAAAUGAAUUCGGUGUUUGGAGGAUCAAGAUUCUGGACUCUGGUGGCAAGCCUGCCAUUCCUCACAAUUCAAAGGUUAAAUUUCGAUUUAAGCAUGGAAAUGGAGUAUGGGUUGAACGAAUACCAGCAUGGAUCAAAUAUGCCACUGUCGAUCCUACUCGAUUUGCAGCCCCCUAUGAUGGAGUUUACUGGGACCCACCACCAUCAGAAAGACACAUAUUUAAGUAUCCUCGUCCGCCGAAUCCUGCAGCACCGCGAAUAUAUGAGGCCCAUGUUGGAAUGAGCAGUACAGAGCCAUGCAUAAACUCAUAUCGAGAUUUUGUUGAUAAUGUUCUGCCUCGCAUUAAAGAAAAUAACUAUAAUACAGUCCAAUUAAUGGCUAUCAUGGAGCAUUCCUACUACGCAUCCUUUGGAUAUCACAUUACGAAUUUCUUUGCUGUUAGCAGUAGAUCUGGAUCACCUGAGGAUCUCAAGUAUCUGAUUGACAAAGCCCACAGUUUAGGUCUACGAGUUUUAAUGGAUGUUGUUCAUAGCCACGCGAGCAACAAUAUCACUGAUGGUCUUAAUGGCUUUGAUGUUGGGCAAAGCACUCAGGAUUCCUAUUUCCAUAGCGGAGAGCGUGGUUACCAUAAGUUGUGGGAUAGCCGGUUAUUUAACUAUGCUAAUUGGGAAGUCCUGCGAUUUCUGCUGUCUAAUUUGAGAUGGUGGUUGGAAGAAUACAAAUUUGAUGGAUUUCGAUUUGAUGGAGUAACUUCAAUGUUGUAUCAUCAUCACGGAAUCAACACGGUUUUUACUGGAAAUUACAAUGAGUAUUUCAGUGAGGCAACAGAUGUGGAUGCUGUUGUUUAUAUGAUGUUGGCAAACCAUUUGGUUCAUAAUCUCUUGCCAGAUGCAACUGUUAUUGCUGAAGAUGUUUCAGGUAUGCCUGCUCUCUGUCGUCCAGUCCAUGAAGGUGGAGUGGGUUUUGAUUAUCGGUUGGCUAUGGGAAUUCCAGACAAGUGGAUUGACUACUUAAAGAACAAGAGAGAUACAGAAUGGUCUAUGAAAGAUAUUGCUUGGACUUUAACAAACAGGAGAUGUGCAGAAAAGUGUAUAGCAUAUGCAGAGAGUCAUGAUCAGGCAAUUGUAGGAGAUAAGUCUUUUGCCUUUCUUCUGAUGGAUGCAGAAAUAUACUCUGGCAUGUCUGAUCUGAAACCUGCUUCGCCUGUAAUUGAGCGAGGAAUUGCACUUCACAAGAUGAUUCAUUUCAUAACUAUGGCACUAGGAGGUGAAGGCUACCUAAACUUUAUGGGAAAUGAGUUUGGACAUCCAGAAUGGAUAGACUUUCCUAGAGAAGGAAAUGGUUGGAGUUAUGAAAAGUGCCGGCGCCUGUGGAACCUUGUUGAUACUGAUCAUCUCAGAUACAAGUACAUGAAUGCAUUUGACAGAGGCAUGAAUUCGCUGGAUGAUAAAUUUUCUUUCCUUACUUCUACCAAGCAGAUAGUGAGCAGCACAAAUGAAGUUGACAAGGUAAUCGUUUUUGAGCGAGGGGAUUUAAUUUUUGUGUUCAAUUUCCAUCAUGAAAACACCUAUGAGGGGUAUAAAAUUGGAUGUGACUUGCCUGGAAAGUAUAGAGUUGCCUUGGACAGUGAUGCUGUUGAGUUUGGUGGGCAUGGAAGAGUUGGCCAUGAUGUAGACCAUUUUACAAACCCUGAAGGUAUACCUGGAGUACCCGAAACUAAUUUCAACAACCGACCAAACUCCUUCAAAAUCCUAUCUCCAGCUCGAACUUGUGUGGUGUACUGUAAAGUUGAAGAGCAUCAAAUGAUCUGCUGAGAAGACAGAGAACAUAAUGAAUGUUGUUGUUGUAGCUAAAAAAGAUGAAAUUGUGAACUUGUAUGACGUAGAAAGGGUAUGUGAAUUGAGAUGAAUAGAAUCAAAGUACUGUUCUGAAACUGGGAUAUGGGAUACCAGUAAUGAUGGUAAGUUUCCCAAUGAGAAUAAAAAGAGAGGUAAGACAGAUUUUGAGUAAAAAAUUAUCAUGAAAUUGCAGUUCAUCAUUA